UUUAGCAUUAUGCCUGAUGAAUGUGCUGCUCGUAUUUUGCAUCAAACCGAGUUUUUCGCGCCGCAAAUCGUGGGUGGAAAUCGUAAGCUUUGAUUAAACUCUCGUAAAUUGCCGAGAUGGCGGCUCGACUGAUUUUUGUUAUGCUGAUGCAUAAUUUAGAGUAGAAACUUCAGUGCUCCUGACGGGUGACCUGUGGUUUGAGACUGUUAAAACACUUGGUCACUGUCAGGAUUCGUUGCCAACAUGCAGAGGGAUAUCAUUAGUGCAGAACAUCCUGUCUGGUGAAGUUCAAGUGCCCUAGCUGUUUACAAGCAGAGCCGCAAGACGAAUUGCACUCGAACGCUAUUAUAAAGCUGUUGUCAGCUUCCUGGCGACAGGGCGGUUCACUGGAGUACCUUAAUUGUUACCAUUAGCGAGCGUGGCAUAUCAUAAAUCAUCACAAAUGCAAGCAACACUAAUGACAGAUCCAGGCUACUCGCGAGCAUCGAAACGCCUUCUUUAGCCGGCCGAUACAUGCUGUUCUGGCCGCUGAUAGCACAGUGAAGAAAGCCAUUUGAUAAAAUCGUUCAUUUUGCAUUCUUCGCCGUACGAACUUCCUGUGUGCGAAGCUGUGACAUUGUACCCUCGGCGGAAAUGAGAAGUCUUAAAUCGAACAACUGCUCAUCGCGUUAACUAUACAACACACGUACAGGAAGAAUGGACUAACUCUACAUUGGCCUCCUGUGAUUCGAAACCAUCUUAGUCGAACACCUGGUUGUCACAUCGAAUACAAAGUAUCAAGUCCGCCAAACCGGCGAUCGUUCGCCCAAAAACCGAGCAGAAAAAAGCCGGACAACCGCCUCGAACAGCUUCGACAUGGGCGAUAUGCUUACACAAGCGCUGACAAGCGACGACGGUGCUCCAAACUCUCCUUCCCACUCGGUUUCGCAGACUUCGACGAUGAUAGAAAUCUCGGGAAAGCAGAGGACCCGCGAUAAAUGGGAUAACAAGGUUCAAUUCCUCCUCGCAACGAUCGGAUUUGCCGUCGGUCUUGGGAAUAUUUGGAGAUUCCCCGGUCUCUGUUAUAAGAACGGGGGAGGUGCGUUUCUCUUACCAUACAUCAUUAUGUUGAUCGUCGAGGGCAUACCGCUACUUUACCUGGAACUGAGCGUUGGGCAACGACUAAAGAAGGGAUCUCUCGUUGCCUGGAGUACGAUUUCCCCAUACAUGGGCGGCGUCGGCCUGGCCUCGGUGGUAAUUUGCAUAUUCACCGCCAGUUAUUACAGCAUCGUGAUAUCAUGGUGCCUGUUUUAUCUCUUCAGUUCGUUUAGGAGUACAUUGCCUUGGUCCAAAUGCCCGACUCGGAAGUCGUUCAAUUCUACCUCGAAUCAAACUUUUGAUAUUCCCGUGCCGGAAUGUGCAAACAGCAGCUCAAUUUCGUACUUUUUCUUCCGCGAGACUCUCAACGUAUCGGAAAGCAUCGACGAGACCACGACUUGGAAUUGGAAAAUAACUUUAUGCUACAUCACGGCAUGGAUUGUCAUCUAUGUCUGUGUCAUUAGAGGGAUUAAGUCGUCAGGAAAGGUUGUAUAUUUCACGGCGACCUUUCCUUAUGUUGUACUCACAGCCUUCUUCAUACGUGGAAUGACGUUGGAGGGUUUUGACAGAGGCGUAAAACAUCUUUUCACGCCACAGUGGGAUAAACUGGCAGAUCCUCUUAUCUGGAUGGAGGCAGCGUCGCAAAUCUUCUAUUCCACCGGACUGGCGUUUGGCUGUAUUUUAGCGUUUGCAAGUUACAAUCCAACGAAUCAGAACACUUUGAAAGAUGCAAUCACAAUUUCACUUGUGAAUUCUGCGACAUCACUAUUUGCAUCGAUCGUCGUAUUCUCUAUACUCGGUUUUAGAGCCACGAUAAGUGUGCAGCAAUGUCUGGCUGGAAAUGCGGGAAAAAAUAACACAGCCAAACUCUGUGACUUUGAUGAACACCUCCAAAGGGCGGCCCUGGGACCUGGCUUAGUAUUCAUAGCAUUUUCAGAUGCGAUCCGCAGCAUGCCUGCUGCACCAGUCUGGUCUGUCAUGUUCUUUCUCAUGUGUUUAACGCUUGGAAUAGACAGCCUUUUUGGAGGACUGGAAAGUGUUUCUGCUUCCCUGGCUGACUUGAAAAGGUUGUCCAAAGUCAGAAUUGAGUACAUAUCAGGAGGUAUCUGUAUCACAUGUUUUCUACUGGGUCUGUCAAUGGUACAAGAUUCUGGUAGUUAUGUCGUGCAAUUGUUUGACAAAUUCUCAGCUAAUAUGUCCCUACUGGUCAUUGCAAUUUGUGAAUUUGUAUCGGUCACCUGGUUCUACGGAUACAAAAGAUUCAGUGAAGACAUACGUUUUAUGAACGGCUCGCCACCAGGAAUUUGGUGGAAAGCAUGCUGGAUGGUCAUAUCGCCUUGUUUAAUUCUGGCCAUCCUUAUUUCAUCAUUUGUUUCCAUGACGAAGGAACCCAUGACGUACGAUGCCAGGACCAGAAAAGGUAUGAUGACAGGUUUACAAUUUCCGCCUUGGGCAGUAUUUAUUGGCAUUGCAAUGACAUUAAUCUCCAUUCUAUUAAUUCCAUUGGUCGCCAUAUUACAAUACUUUGGUUGGGCAACGUGGCGUACCUGGGAAAAUCCGCUGUCCAUGGACAGCCCGACGCAUGCAGCACAAACAUUGAUUGUAAACGAAAAGGACGCGGAGGCAAAUGGAAAUUACCAUGAAAUGAAUGGAAACACGAAGCAAAAUCAUCAUCUGGUAGAAACGUAUUUUUAAAUCACUGUUUAAAACACUUAGACAUUAAACCGAGAGGUUGCCAAUCUAAAGACAUGCUUGGCUUGUCUUGGAACGAAAUUAAAUAGUGCAAAAAGUGAAAGUGCAAAUCGUAAUAGUGGGUCUAAUUCGCUGAAAUAAAGAUGGUGGUAUGUCGAUUUGCCUGAAAACGAAUCAGAACUGCCCAUAGGUAUAUCGACUGCUGCUUUUUUUUAGCCCAUUUACACUAUAUACAGUUAAUGUAUUGGCACAGCACGGCUAAAAUUGGUACCCGUAUGCAAUUUCAUUAGUGAUCAGGCUACCAAUACAAAGGCCUGGGGCUGGUUGUAUGAAACUCUUAAUUACAUUUUGCGUAGUUAAAUCGCAGUUAGCUCAGAAAUUCAGCACUCUGAUUUGCCAAUUCUGCCACUAACUAUAAGUUUAAAGUUAACUACCUUUCUAUACAACCGGCCCCUGGUACGAAUAAAUUGGGCCCGGGUAUCUAUCUUAGACUUGCUCUGCUGAUAACGGGGCUUUUUUGUUACCUCGAAUCAGGCCUCUGCAAUUUCGGACAAAACAGAUUACAUAACGUACAGAUGUUUAAUCUCGCAAUGAACGUCUUGGUGGAAUCAAAGUAAAGAUUUCAAUAAUUUCUGGCCGAAUAUCUGCGAGGAUAAACAUCUGGUGUGUUAUUUAUUCUGGGUCGAUGUAAUUCCAAUAAUUAGUAAGAUAUCUCAUUAUGCCAGACAACGAACCACAGCCUUGUCUAUUUAUUUCAACAUUUUGUUCACAAUGACUAUAAUGUAUCCUUUUGAGAAGCCCAAUUUAAUCGGCCAAAAUAUCCCAUUGUUAUUUAUUAAAAGUUACGUCAUGCACGUGUCGACCAUUUCAAAACGAUUUAACAAUGGUGAAAAUUCUACAUACAAACAGACAAAUUGUCUGAUGAUAUGUAUCUACUUGGAUUUGAGGCCUGAUGGGAUAGCGUAAUAAUAUUUUUUUAAUAAUUUUACACGUUUUCAUUUUCCCGUAGUCAUACUAUCGACCAUUUAUAGCGAUUGCACCAACAUUUUUAUUUUAAGAAAGUCUCAAAAACCAGCGUUUACUUGUUGAUAUUAGAGACUUUUAGCUUACCAAAUAUGACAAACCGCGAACAGCAAACGGCUAAUUUCAAAUAACAUUUAAAAUUUUGAUUUUUGGCACUUUCUCGGCCACAAUUUGUCUCAGUAGUUACUCUACGUUUAAAAAUAAUGCACCAAUUUUCUCGGCCUCAGAAACCUAGCAUUUGUUUUGAAAAUUCGAAAUGAAUUUUUUGUUUGUUUUUCGUUAGAGGGUUGUCGUAAACGUCAAGCUAAAGCUCACCGUAUUCAAAAACUUGUUGUUAGUUUGUAUCAUGUUUCAUAUCAAUCUUAGAGUCGUGCAAUGAUAGCGACGCCUAAGUGUUACAAUAUCCAUUGCAUCAUGAGAUUAGUGAAUUUAAUUGAUAUCUUCGGGGGUGGUAAUCCCAGGUCCAGAAUCCACGAAUAUAAUCUAAUCCCUAGUAUUAGUAUUAGUAAUAGUAAGGGUUUAAGCCAUGAUUAAGGUUGGUGUUAUAUUGGUGGAUUCUGAACACGUAAUUAUUACCUCUUUGGGACCCGUGCUCAAGAUCCGGAACACGAGGAUUGAACGUAAUCGGGCAAGGGAAUUCGGAUUCCAGGGAUUCGGAAAUACUAAUCCGGAAUCCAAAAACAGAUCUUUAGCACAGUGGAAGUUUAGAACAGUGAAACUUUUUAUUAAGUUCAUAUUGUAUUCCUCUGCUCCUGUCUACAGGUCUUUUAAGAACCAAUUCUUAAGUUGAAUCACAAAACAAAACAUUGUUGUAUAGGAUAGUUUCGGUAUAUUUGUUAUUACUGUUAAAUAUCAUAUAUUUAUUAUUGAUUGUACUAUGUUACAAAUACGCGUGAAAGAGAAAUAAAGUACUAUUUUCGUA